AUGGUUCUUCAAGAUCUUGGCCGCCGUAUCAAUGCGGCCGUCAGCGACCUGACGCGGGCGCCAACCCUCGAUGAAAAGACAUUCGAUUUGAUGCUUAAGGAGAUCUGCACGGCCCUGCUCGAAGCCGAUGUCAACGUACGCCUGGUCAACCAGCUGCGCAAGUCGAUCCGCACCACUGUCAAUUUCAAGGAGCUCCCACCGGCCGUUAAUAAGAAGAGACUGAUCCAGAAAGCCGUCUUCGAUGAGCUCGUCCGUCUCGUCGACCCGCAUGCCGAGCCGUUCAAGCCCAAGAAGGGCAAGUCUAACGUCAUUAUGUUCGUCGGGUUGCAGGGUGCUGGUAAGACGACGACGUGCACGAAGCUUGCGCGCCAUUACCAGUCGCGGGGCUUCAAAUCCUGCCUGGUGUGCGCCGAUACCUUCCGUGCCGGUGCCUUCGACCAACUGAAGCAAAACGCGACCAAGGCCAAGAUCCCCUACUACGGCAGCUUAACCGAGACGGACCCUGUGGUCGUGGCACGAGAUGGUGUCGAGAAGUUCAAAAAGGAAAAGUUCGAAGUGAUCAUUGUCGAUACGUCUGGUCGGCACCGGCAGGAGAGCGCUCUGUUCCAGGAAAUGGUGGAGAUCCAGGCUGCUAUCAAGCCGGACGAGACCAUUAUGGUGCUGGACGCGUCGAUCGGCCAGCAGGCCGAGGCACAGGCCAAGGCGUUCAAGGAGGCGGCCGACUUUGGUGCCAUCAUUAUCACCAAGACCGACGGUCAUGCGGCUGGUGGUGGUGCCAUCUCGGCGGUUGCGGCUACAGGAACACCCAUUGUCUUUAUUGGUACGGGUGAGCACAUGUUGGAUCUGGAGCGCUUCAUCCCUCGCAACUUUAUCAGCAAGUUGCUCGGCAUGGGCGAUAUCCCGGGCCUGGUAGAGCACGUGCAGAGCCUCAAGCUGGACCAAAAGGAGACCAUCAAGCACAUCAGCGAGGGUAUCUUUACGAUCCGCGACUUGCGCGACCAACUGCAAAAUAUCAUGAAGAUGGGCCCGUUGAGCAAGAUGGCCGGCAUGAUCCCCGGCAUGGCCAACCUGAUGCAGGGCAUGGAUGACGCGGAAGGGUCACUCAAGCUUAAGCGCAUGAUCUACAUCUGCGAUAGCAUGACGGACAAGGAGCUGGACAGCGACGGCAAGAUCUUCAUCGACCAGCCGACGCGCAUGACGCGCGUGGCGAGAGGGUCCGGUACGACGGUGCGUGAGGUCGAGGAUCUGCUCACGCAGCAGCGCAUGAUGGCCGGUAUGGCCAAGAAGAUGGGCGGCAACAUGAAGAACAUACAGCGUGCCCAGAGCGCCAUAGCCGGCAGCAACAAGGCCCAGCAGCUCGCCGCCAUGCAGAAACGUUUGCAGAGCAUGGGCGGCCUGGGCAACGCCGGUAUGCCCGAUAUGGCCAGCCUCAUGAAGAUGUUUGGCGGCGGCGGUGGUGGUCCGGGAGGCAUGGACAUGAAUUCCAUGAUGAAACAAAUGAGCAACUUGAUGGGCGGGCAAAGCGGUCGCGGCGGACGGAGGUAG